AUGGUGACCACAACAUCCGACAACACAGUGCCACCACAACAUCCUACAGCACAGGGCCACCACAACAUCCUACACAACAUGACCACCACAAUACCCUACAGCACAGGGCCACCACAACAUCCUACACCACAGGGCCACCACAACAUCCUACAGCACAUGGUGACCACAACAUCCUCCACCACAGGGCCACCACAACAUCCUACAGCACAGGGAGAUCACAACAUACGACACCAAAAGGCCACCACAACAUCCUACAGCACAGUGUCACCACAACAUCCUCCACCACAUGGCUACCACAACUUCCUACAGCACAGUGUCACCACAACAUCCUCCACCACAUGGCCACCACAACAUCCUACAGCACAGGGCCACCACAACAUCCGACAGCACAUGGCCACCACAACAUCCGACACCACACGGCCACCACAACAUCCUACAGCACAGGGCCACCACAACAUCCGACAGCACAGGGCCACCACAACAUCCGACAGCACACGGCCACCACAACAUCCGACAGCACACGGCCACCACAACAUCCUACACCACACGGCCACCACAACAUCCGACACCACACGGCCACCACAACAUCCGACACCACACGGCCACCACAACAUCCGACAGCACACGGCCACCACAACAUCCGACAGCACACGGCCACCACAACAUCCGACACCACACGGCCACCACAACAUCCGACAGCACAGGGCUACCACAACAUCCGACAGCACAGGGCCACCAAAACAUCCGACAGCACACGGCCACCACAACAUCCGACAACACACGGCCACCACAACAUCCGACAGCACAGGGCCGCUGGGCCACGGCGACUUCCCCACCUCCCUCUGUCUCAAUGACACACUAGACUUCCCCACCUCCCUCUGUCUCAAUGACACACUAGACUUCCCCACCUCCCUCUGUCUCAAUGACCCACUAGACUUCCCCACCUCCCACUGUCUCAAUGACACACUAGACUUCCCCACCUCCCUCUCUCUCAAUGACACACAAGACUUCCCCACCUCCCUCUGUCUCAAUGACACACAAGACUUCCCCACCUCCCUCUGUCUCAAUGACACACAAGACUUCCCCACCUCCCUCUGUCUCAAUGACACACAAGACUUCCCCACCUCCCUCUGUCUCAAUGACACACAAGACUUCCCCACCUCCCUCUGUCUCAAUGACACACCAGACUUCCCCACCUCCCUCUGUCUCAAUGACACACCAGACUUCCCCCCACCUCCCUCUGUCUCAAUGACACACAAGACUUCCCCCCACCUCCCACUGUCUCAAUGA